AUGUCUAGUUCUUGUCGAUUGUUUCCCACCGAAUAUAGUCUGAAAUAUGUAAAGAGAAUACCCGUACCGGCAAAAAUAAUUAUACCAAGAGAUCGAUUUUCCGAACGCAUCGAAGAAGGAGAAAUCGAUCCCCGCUCGGCAUCAAUCCCUACGAAACUCGACAAAGAAGCUGAACAAUUAGUUUACAAACACAAUCUUUACUAUCAACGAUCGGUUUAUCAAGUCAACUACAAAAAUCAUUGGAUUCCCCGAAAACGAUCUCGAGAAGAAACAACAGGUGAAAAGACCGAGACCAAGGAGAAAGACUUCGAGAGUGAAUUAUUGCUGUACAUUCAUGGACUAUAUUUUAAUCCUCACGACGAAAAAAUUCUCGCUCCACCUGUUACCGCGAAACGUAGUAUUUUAGCUGCAACUUGUUUUCAUUUACAUUGGGUAAAAAAAAAUGAAACUUUAGGAAGAUGGCAUUCCAAAGUUUCAUUAAGAAAUUUACAUGUUGUUGGUUUUUUGAAUGCUGUUGGAGGCAUUGCAGCAAUGAUUUGGUACCUCUUCCUUACAUUUUACUAUCAU